UAAGUACUUCACUUCACUUGAGAAUGUCUGAAUAACCAUCAGCCUCUCUCAUCAACACUCUUUUCUCCCUUUUCUUUAUUCUUGCUUGCAUUGCAUUGCGCUUUUAUCGCUUUAACGUUCGUUAUGCUUUCGUUCCGCCUGCUGUUGGCCGUCCUGGUUAACCUCCAGUCAAUCGUUGCUUCGCCAGUACAUCCCUCCCGCUCCGAGUACGCCGUUAAGGAAACCAACAAUGUCCCUCCAAGAUGGUCUCUUGCUGGAAAUCCCCAUCCUCUCCACCCCAUAAAGCUCAACAUCGGUCUCAAACACAACAACUUCGCCCUGCUUGAGCAACAUCUACAUGAGGUUUCCAGCCCUUCCCACCAUCGUUAUGGCCAACAUCUGUCGCAGCAAGAAGUUUACGACCUAAUGUCACCAACUGAUGAAACAGCCAGACUGGUACAAGAGUGGUUGUUGGAAAAUGGCCUGGACUCAUCUCACUGCCAAUUCAAUUCUGCCCGAGACUGGAUCACCCUCACCCUACCAGUCGCUAAGAUCGAAAGUCUUCUCGACACGAAAUACUCAGUCUACCAGCACGAAGAUGGUAGCAGACUCGUUCGAACCACCCAUUGGUCUCUCCCUCGCUCGCUUCAUGAUCAUAUCACCACCAUCCAACCUACCACGGCAUUCUUGAGAGCCAACCCCAAGGGUGAAAAUGUCGUCACCGUACCUGCGGACGUAGAUCUAUCCGACCUGACCUCUGAAUUAAACUCCUCCCAGUUGGCAGGCGUUUGCAACUUUGGUGGAAUGACCACGAAAUGUCUGCGAACUCUGUACAAUACCGUCAAUUACCGGGUCCAAGUACCGAACAACAACUCCAUCGGUUUCACAAACUACCUCGGUCAAGUCUCGAAUCGAUCUGAUGCCCAACUUUACCUUGAAAACUUCCGGCCUGAAGCUGUCAACUCCUCAUUCUCCGUCAAGCAGAUCUCUAUCGACAGCGGCCCCCUCGACAAUGCCACAGCUGUGCCUGGCAAUGAAGGAAAUCUUGACCUCCAGACCAUCCUUGGACUAGUCUACCCAAUUCCAGUCACGCUCUAUUCGACGGGCGGAAUGCCGCCCUUCGAGGCAGAUAGUGCCACCACAACUAAUACCAAUGAACCAUACUUAGAAUGGGUCAACUGGAUGACCAGCCAGGAUAGCAACAGCCUCCCAAAGGUCAUCUCCACUUCUUACGGCGAUGAUGAACAAACCGUCCCCGAGUCUUACGCCAGAGAAGUCUGCAAUCAGUUCGGCGCUCUCGGCGCCCAGGGAAUCUCCCUCUUCUUUAGCUCAGGCGACAGUGGUGUCGGCAAGAACAACAGCUGUAUCUCCAACGACGGCCAGAACAGGACUACCUUUCUUCCUGUCUUUCCAGCUUCGUGUCCUUAUGUGACCACCGUCGGCGGAACCAGAAAUUAUCCUGAAGUCGUAGGAUACGACACGACAAAUGGCUUUGCAUCGGGAUCUGGCUUUAGCAAUUACUUUCCACGACCGUCUUGGCAAAAUGGUGUCAUAGAACGAUAUCUCAAUACCACCGGCGACCAAUUUGAAGGUCUGUACAACUGUGAAGGUCGUGCAUAUCCCGACCUCGCCGCACAGAGUUAUCGGUACAUUAUUUUCCUGGAAUCCAUGGUCCAGACAGUCGAUGGAACGAGCUGCGCAGCGCCUACAAUCUCAAGUAUCUUUUCAUUGGUCAACGACGCCCUGACGGCGGCGGGUAAGCCCCCCAUGGGUUGGUUGAAUCCCUGGUUGUAUGAAAAGGGUUAUCUGGCAUUCACCGACGUUGUCAAUGGAAGCAGUGUUGGCUGUGAUGGGCCUGGUUUCAGUGCCGGCGAGGGAUGGGAUGUUGCCAGUGGGUUUGGAACACCGGAUUUUGAAAAGAUCCUAACUGUACUCAAUCUCACCACAACCGAAGAGUGAAUGUGCUGGAGGUCAUCACCUCACCACAUCUUCAAAAGCUUUGGCUGCAGGUCUCGACCAGACAGUCACAAGAUCGCUGCAUAAUGUAUCUGCAGCAGUUUAUGUAUUACUAGUCGCAUAGCGUUGGCAUAACAAAACGACAUUACUAAUACAAUGCAUGAAGAAUACAAUAUUUCGCCGUA